GAUGAUAUGAAGAUGGGGGCAAUUGGCGGGUGAAAUCGUUACACAAUGAACCCCAUUGCUACCAAAGUCGCCGUGAUCGGUACCGGAAUUUCAGGAGCUGUAUGCGCUUCCACUUUAGCCAAAAAUGGCUUUUCGGUCACUGUCUUUGAAUCCGGUCGAGGCCCGGGUGGUCGUAUGUCUCGAAGAAGAGAAAUUGCUGAAGAUGGGAGGGAAUUGUAUUUUGACCAUGGGGCACCUUAUUUUUCAACAACUAACGCUGAUGUGGAGGAGAUGAUAAGAGGUUGGGAAGCAAGAGGUUUUGUUGCUGAGUGGAAACAGAAUUUCGGGUCAUUUGAUUUCAUUACUAAAAGAUUUGUCGACUUCGAAAAGGAAGGAUUAAACAAGAAAUAUGUGGGCAUCCCCGGAAUGAAUUCUAUAUGCAGGGCUCUAUGCCAAGAACAUGGUAUUGAAAGUAAGUUUGGGGUCACGGUUGGGAGUUUGGAAUGGUUACAGAAUAAUGAUUCAUGGUCCUUAAAAGAUUCCAAUGGACAAGAUCUUGGCCAGUUCAACGGAGUGGUGGCAUCAGACAAAAGUACAUUCUCUCAAAGGUUUACACAAAUGACUAGGAAACCGCCUCCUCUUGACCUGAAGCUGAUUCCCGGGCUGGCUAACAUGAAUAAAGAAGUUCCUGUAAGACCAUGUUUUGCUCUUAUGCUGGCAUUUGAAAAUCCUUUGUCUUCGAUACCUGUUAGAGGCUUCUCAUUUGAAAAUUCAAAUGUACUUAGCAGGGCAUUCUGUGAGAGCAGUAAGCCAGGACGUUCCACAUCCAGUGAACGAUGGGUAUUGCAUUCAACAGAACAGUAUGCUGAAAGUAUAAUUGCUCGAGCUGGACUUCAGAAACCUUCAGAUGAAGCACUAUCAGAAAUUGCCGAGGAACUAUUUCGAGAAUUUCAGAAGACCGGACUUGAUGUCUAUGUGCCUUUUUUCAAGAGAGCCCAUCGAUGGGGAAGUGCUUUUCCUGCGGCAAGUAUAGCAGGAGAUGAAAAAUGCAUAUGGGACGGAACAAAAAAACUUGCCAUCUGUGGGGACUUUUGUGUGAGUCCAAAUGUUGAAGGUGCAAUCCUAAGCGGAUUAACUGCCGCCUCGAUAUUUUCUGAAACCUUCAGUCGUUUAUAGGUGAUAAUAAUCAACUAGGUUAAACUUAAGCCUACGAAAUUCGUGAUUGGGAUCUUAUUUUCCUUAAGCUGAGAUAUACUAAUGUGUUAAAUUACAAAGAAAAAUUACCCAGACAGGCAAUAAACAUGUGAAGUGUGGAUAAUAAUUUCCAUAAAGAAUCUUGAAAAAAUGGAUUUCUUGUAA